CAUUAUCGGGGAGCGCCACCAUCUCCAGACCCUUCUAACAGGCUUGGGGCCUUUCUCGCUGGUACGUUAGGUGAUGCCCCAGGGCGGACGCACCUCUAAGCACCAGGGGGCGCGCGGCUGCUCCAGGGGCCCAUCUGGGCCUGCGGCGGCAGCUCGACUGCUCCAAGGCGGGCCAGGUGAACCCCUGCGUUUCCCCGCAACGUGCGGGGACCGCUGGAGCUACCACCAUGGAGGUGCCGGUGGGCACCGGGCCUCGGCAAGUUGGCGGAGGACUAGAUGCGACUAGAUCCACGUCCUCCGGCCGCGCAGAGCGGGCCUCGGCGGUACCGUGGGCGCGCUUCUCUGCCUGGCUGGAGUGCGUGUGCGUGGUCACCUUCGAUCUGGAGCUGGGCCAGGCGCUAGAGCUAGUCUACCCAAGUGACUUCCGGCUCACAGACAAGGAGAAAAGCAACAUCUGCUACCUGUCCUUUCCAGACUCCCACUCAGGAUGCCUUGGAGACACUCAGUUCAGUUUCCGUAUGCGUCAGUGUGGAGGACAGAGGAGCCUCUGGCAUGUUGAUGACAGGCCUUACAACAGCAAGGCCCCCUUGGCACUGCAGAGGGAGCCAGCGCACUACUUGGGCUAUGUGUACUUCAGGCAGGUGAAGGACAGCUCUAUGAAGAGGGGCUACUUCCAGAAGUCUUUAGUGCUGGUGUCCCGCCUGCCAUUUGUCCGGCUGUUUCAGUCACUCCUAACCCUGAUCGCCCCUGAGUACUUUGAGAAGCUGGCACCCUGUCUGGAAGCAGUUUGUAAUGAGAUUGACCAAUGGCCAGCCCCCGUGCCCGGGCAGACCCUGAACCUACCUAUCAUGGGAGUUGUCUUUCAGGUGCACAUUCCAUCCAGGGUGGACAAGCUGGAAUCCAAUCCCCCAAAGCGGUGUGACCAAGAGAACCUGCUGCCAGCCCCGGUCUUCCUCACAAGUGUCCAUGAACUGGAUCUGUUUAGGUGCUUCCGGCCAGUGCUGACCCACGUGCAGACCCUGUGGGAGCUCAUGCUCCUUGGAGAGCCCCUAGUGGUCCUGGCACCCUCCCCUGACGUGUCUUCAGAGCUGGUGCUAGCCCUGACCAGCUGCCUACAGCCCCUGAAGUUCUGCUGUGAUUUCCGCCCCUACUUCACCAUUCACGACAGCGAGUUCAAGGAGCUAACAACACGAACACAGGCUCCACCAAACGUGGUCCUGGGAGUCACAAACCCUUUCUUUAUCAAAACACUCCAGCACUGGCCCCACAUCCUCCGAAUCGGGGAGCCUAAGAUGUCAGGGGACCUUCCUAAGCAGGUCAAGCUUAAAAAACCCUCUCGGCUGAAGACCCUCGACACCAAGCCAGGCCUCUACACCUCAUACACUGCCCACCUCCACCGGGACAAAGCAUUGCUUAAAGGACUGCUCAAGGGCGUACAGAAGAAGCGACCGUGGGAUGCGCUAAGUGCCCUGCUGAGGCGACACCUCCUGGAGCUCACGCAGAGUUUCAUCAUCCCUCUGGAGCACUACAUGGCCAGCCUCAUGCCACUGCAGAAAAGCAUUACACCCUGGAAGAGCCCCCCCCAGAUCUGCCCCUUCCGCCAGGAUGAUUUCCUGCGAAGCCUGGAGCAUGCUGGACCCCAGCUCACCUGCAUCCUCAAGGGCGACUGGCUGGGCCUCUACAGGCAGUUUUUCAAGUCCCCCCAUUUCGAUGGCUGGUAUCGGCAACGACACAAAGAAAUGGCCCAGAAGCUGGAGGCUCUGCACCUGGAAGCUAUUUGUGAGGCGAACAUCGAGGCCUGGAUGAAGGACAAGUCGGAGGUGGAAGUGGUGGACCUAGUCCUGAAACUUAGGGAGAAGCUGGUGCGGGCACAGGGCCACCAGCUCCCUGUGAAGGAGGUGACACUGCAGCGGGCUCAGCUGUACAUCGAUACAGUUAUUGGCUCCCUGCCUAAGGACCUGCAAGCAGUCCUGUGCCCUCCCUAGGACAGGGCCCGCUUGUGUGGUCCUGGGGGCCUAAGUCUGCCAAGUCCCCUUCGCCUUGAGGGCCGGCCUCUGCCAAGCUGGAGCUUCCAGCCUUGGGCUCCUACCUCAGCUUCAGCCCCUCCCCCAGAACCAGCUUUGUCCCAGCAGUAAAACGACAUUUGGAAUGACAGUCUGGUGGUCCCUGACUAUUGGGGGAUUCUGUGCUGGCACUGCCUCACUCCUUCUUGGCCCCUACCUGUCCUCCACAGCUGGAGGUGGGAGUGGGCUUAGUAACCCUCACUGAUGUAGGUGCCUUCACCACCCGCCCCCCUCCUGGCUCCCAUCUGCCCACACUCCAGGAUGUCUUGUGUUGUGGGUCCUUUAGCCCAGCAUGCUUCCCAGCCCAGGAUGGAGGGAGGCAGCUGCCAAGGGCAGCCCCUCUCUACAGCUCAGGCCAUCUUCUGGGGGAGUGAUGGGGUACUUUGUCUAGGCAGCUACUGGAGAGGGCCAAAGCUCUUUGUCCUGUGAGGACCUAAACCUUUUUACUGCUGUGAUUGGGCAGGGUGAGAGU